AUGGAAGUUGGCAACCUACAUAACCUAGCAGUGAAAUCAGCUCUGAUUAUGGAAGUUGGCAACCUACAUAACCUAGCAGUGAAAUCAGCCCUGAUUAUGGAAGUUGGCCACCUACAUAACCUAGCAGUGAAAUCAGCCCUGAUUCUGGAAGUUGGCCGCCUGUAUAACCCAGCAGUAAAAUCAGCUCUGAUUAUAGAAGGUAGCCACCUACAUAACUUAGCAGUGAAAUCAGCUCUGAUUACGGAAGUUGGCCACCUACAUAACCUAGCAGUGAAAUCAGCUCUGAUGAUGGAUGUUGGCCACCUGCAUAACCUAGCAGUGAAAUCAGCUGUGAUUAUGGAAGUUGGCCACCUACAUAACCCAGCAGUGAAAUCAGCUGUGAUUAUGGAUGUUGGCCACCUGCAUAACCUAGCAGUGAAAUCAGCUGUGAUUAUGGAUGUUGGUCACCUACAUUACCCAGCAGUGAAAUCAGCUCUGAUUAUGGAAGUUGGCCGCCUGCAUAACCCAGCAGUGAAAUCAGCUCUGAUUAUGGAAGUUGGCCGCCUGCAUAACCCAGCAGUGAAAUCAGCUCUGAUUAUGGAAGUUGGUCACCUGCAUAACCUAGCAGUGAAAUCAGCUCUGAUAUGGAUGUUGGCCUCCUGCAUAACCUAG